AUGGAAGACGGUAAUCUCAGCCUGCGGCCGGUGCCGUCAGCGAUUUCUAUCUCUCAGACAUUUUCGCCGCCACGGGAGGCCGCGUUCAUUGUCCUUGUCUGCAUGGCACAGUUCAUGACACAGACAAAUGUCGGCGUGUGUCUAUCCCCUCUUGAUAUCAUCGGCGACAGCUUCGGGAUUGACGACAAUGGCAUCCUGAGCUGGUUCCUGGCCGGGUACUCGUUGACUGUCGGCACCUUCAUCUUGAUAUUCGGACGAUGCGGCGAUCUCUUUGGCUACCGACGAAUCUUUCUGUCCGGAUUCAUCUGGCUUGCUAUCUGGUCUUUAGUUGCCGGGGUUAGUGUGUAUUCGAACUAUUACCUUUUCAUCAUUGCACGCGUCAUGCAGGGCCUCGGCAGCGCGAUGUUGCUGCCGAACGGACUGGCCAUCCUGGGCGCGACAUACCCGCCUGGGAAGAAGAAGGCGAUGCUCUUUGCACUCUUUGGGGCUGUUGCACCCAAUAGCGCCUUACUAGGCACUGUAUUUAGUGCAAUAUUUGCUCAGCUUGCCUGGUGGCCAUGGACUUUCUGGGUCCAAUCCAUUGUUUCCAUUGCCUGUGCCGUGUUGGGCUUUGUGGUUGUUCCCUCAAUUCAUCACGAUAACCCACAGGACACCAGUAACUUGUUUAAUCUUUUGAAGGCACUUGAUGCACUGGGUGCAUUCUGCGGCAUCGGAGGGUUGAUACUUGUGAACAUCGCAUGGAACCAGGCUCCUGUUGCGGGCUGGAGCACCCCCUAUGUCUAUGUUCUCCUCAUCGUCGGGAUUCUUCUGAUUGCCGGAUUCUUCUUAGUGGAGUUCCGGUAUGCCGAGCAUCCGUUGAUCCCAUUUCACGCUUUCAGUCAAGACGUUUCGUUCGUACUAGGCUGCGUUGCCUGUGGGUGGGGUGCGUUCGGGACUUGGAUCUGGUACUUCUGGCGCUUUGAGAUGGAAUAUCGGCAUACAAGCCCGCUAUUGGGAUCUGCCCAAUUUGUUCCGGUUGCCCCGAUGGGAAUUCUUGCCUGCUUUGUCACCGGCCUGUUGAUCACGCGAAUGCGUCCUGGAUGGAUCAUGGUCAUGUCGAUGAGCGCCUUUACGUUGGGCAAUAUUUUCACGGCCAUCGCGCCUGUGAAUCAGACAUAUUGGGCUUUGACCUUUGUAUGUCUGCUGGUGAUUCCCUGGGGAAUGGACAUGUCAUUUCCGGCAGCAACUCUGAUGCUUUCUAACUCGGUGGAGAGAAAGCAUCAAGGUAUUGCAGCCUCUCUGGUGACCACAAUUGUCAACUACAGUAUCUCACUGAGUCUAGGGUUUGCAGGGACUGUAGAGGCACAUGUGAAUAAUGGAGGCACCACACGGAGCGAUGUAUUGAAGGGGUAUCGCGGGGCCUUGUACUUUUCCACGGGGCUUGGGGGCUUGGGCAUUGUACUCAGCGUUAUUUUCACCCUGAAAUGUUACAGGGAAGAGUGGAGAUCCAAGUCUGUGGACGAGAAAAUCUCGGAAGAUGGGAGUUCGUCCAGCGUGGCCGCAUAA